UCGUACGGUAGAAUUUCCCGCCUCUCUCCCGCACAAUUUCCCGCUCUGAAAAACCCUAACCCGCAAAAAUGGGGCAGAAGCAGCAAUCCACCGCUGAUCCCACCGCCGAUCCCAAGAAACGAAGGCGCGUCGGUUUCUCCAACAUCGAUGCUGGAGUUGAGGCCAAAGAGUGCAUCAAGAUUUACCUGGUUUCUAGCAAAGAGGAAGUGGGUUCUGCAGACAGUUUAUGUAUCAACCCUGUUGACUUGAAUAGCUUUUUUGAUGAAGAUGGAAAGAUAUAUGGUUACCAAGGAUUGCAGAUUACCAUCUGGGUUAGCAGCAUAUCAUUUCAAGCAUAUGCUGAUAUUACUUUUCAGAGUGAGUCUGAUGGAGGAAAAGGUAUCACAGAUCUGAAAGCUGCUCUCCAGAGAAUUUUUGCUGAGACUCUUGUUGAUAACAAACAUGAGUUUCUUCAGACUUUUUCCACUGAGAGCAGUCUUAUUAGAUCCAUUAUCUCAAGCGGGGAGAUAUUGAACUACAAAACCUCAAAUGGAAACACCGUUGAUAGUAAUAUCCAUUUGGAAGCAGCUAAUUCCGAUGUUGAGGUUGUUCGCAUGGUGGUGGGCACUACGGCUGCUGGGCACCUCUACAGUCGCCUGAUACCUCUUGUUCUUCUUCUUGUUGAUGGUAGCAGCCCUAUUGAUGUUAUUGAUCCAAGAUGGGAGUUGUAUGUUUUGAUUCAGAAGAAAACUGAUCAGCAGGGCGAGGUUCAAUGCAAAUUGCUUGGUUUUACAGCCAUUUAUCGUUUUUACCAUUAUCCAGACAGUUCUCGAUUGCGACUCAGUCAGAUACUGGUAUUGCCUCCUUACCAACACAAAGGUUAUGGGCGUUACCUUCUGGAGGUGCUUAAUAAUGUUGCAGUGUCUGAAGAUGUUUAUGACUUGACAGUUGAAGAGCCCUUGGAUUACUUCCAACAUGUGCGCACCUGCGUUGACAUACCACGCUUGCUUGUUUUUGAUCCAAUCCAGGAUGCUGUUAGUUCAGCUGUUUCACGCCUUAAGCGAGGAAAACUGUCAAAGAAAAUCCACAUCCCUCGGUUCACGCCCCCUUCAAGUGUCAUUGAUGAUGUCAGGAAAAGUUUGAAAAUUAACAAAAAGCAGUUUCUCAAGUGUUGGGAGGUUUUAAUCUAUCUUGGUCUUGAUCCUGUUGACAAGUACAUGGAGGAUUUUGUGAGUGUCAUUUCAAAUCGUGUGAAGGAUGACAUUAUCGGGAAAGAUUCUGGGACUGCCGGAAAGCGAGUAAUUGAAGUUCCAAGUGAUUAUGAUCAGGAGAUGUCGUUUGUCAUGCAUAGGUCUCGGACUGGUGAAGAUGAUAGUGUUCAGAUGGAUGAAAAUCAAACAAAUCAAGAAGAGCAGCUCCGGCAGUUAGUAGACGAGAGGGUGAAAGAAAUUAAGUUAAUUGCACAGAAGGUAUCUGUGCAUUAGUGGACUCUGGUCUGCAUGAAGCUACUGCAUAUUCCUAAAUGAUGCAAUCAUGAGGUCUAGGCGAUGCUGUAGUUUUGGAAGAAUAGAAGCUUGUCUGUAAAAGACCGAGCUGUACUUGGAACUUUUAACUAAUGUUAGAAAAUUUACAGUAGUCUUCCCGGGUUUUUU